ACGGUCUUCUCACACCAUGGAUAGGGAUACCUGUGCUACCAGAGCUAUGCGGACGAGAGUCCAGCCUCUCCAGGUUCGGAGGAAAGGGGACCGAGACCGACCCUGUCACCGUUUCCCCAGAUUUGUUCCCCAGAUUCGCCAUCACAAUGCACCUAAUGUCUGGGGCCCCAGACCAACCCUGGUUAUGACACCCUUGGCAGCCACAACCUCCAAGUUCCCCUUCGGCACGGCAGCCUAGAAAGGUGCUGACGGGUGCAAAAGCAACAUCAAUCAGCAUGCAGGGC